CGACCAUUAAUGCUGUAACUCUCGCCUUCCUUUUUCAUUGAAAUUAUCGAUAAGAAAUUCUCAAGAACUCAUGCAAAAUGACAAGGCCAGCAUGGCAGAGGUACCUCCUCGCCCGCCGCGUGCCCGGGACGCCGCACCGGCCGCCGCCGCCACCGCCACUGCCGGGCCCUGGGAGGAGUUCAGCCGUCUACACGACCACUGUUACAUGGUCACAGACCAGGCCCUAGUGGCAGAGACAAAUGGCAGGAUCCAGCAGGCCGUCGACGGGUAUCAGGAGGCCCUGACCCUGAUGGACCAGGCGCUGGCCGUCGAACCUCAGAAUAACGAGAAAAUCGCCACCAUGCAAGACAAAAUUCGCCGGGCCAAGAAGGAGACGCUGAUGCGGCUGGUGGACGCCCAGUCGGCGCUGGCGGCGGCCGCCGCGCCGCCACCGCCGCUCACGUCUGGCCGGGACGCGCCGCCCUCCUACGACUCGCUGUACCCGGCCGUGCCGGCAGCGGCCGGCCCGCUCUACCCGGCCGUGCCCGAGGAGACGUCCGUGCGGCCCCAGCUGGCGGCCCGGGUGGCAGCAGCGGCCGAGGACGAGCAGGCGGCCGCCCUGAUGGAGAUCGCCGAGGAGACGGACGGAGACUGUGUCUUGCUGCCGGACCUGGCGGAAGAGCUGUUCGUGCUGCCGGACGGCGCCCAGAUGUUCUUCGUGGCGCCGGACGGGAACGUCAGCGCGCCGUCCUCGCCGCAGCACCUGCGGCUCUGCCGAUUCGCCGGGGCGGCGGCGCCGGCCGGCUCGCCCCAGGCGUUCCUGCAGGUGGGCGACUGGACGUACCCGCUCAUCCCCGGCUGCUCGCCCGUGCUGCACAGCAACUUCGGGCCAUACAUGUUCCCCGACCUGGAGAGACCAGGGUGUCAUGUGGCGCUGCUGCUGCCCGAAUCGGUGUCGCUGACGGCGCUGGUGGAGCAGCCGGAAGAGGUGCCGACGACCGCCGGCGCCGCCGAAGCCGCCGGCCGCAGCGACAAGCAGAAGGAGCGCCUCUCCGCCUGGCUCUCCGGCGGCCUGGUCAAAGACGGCAGCCAGUUGAUGGAGGCGUACCUUACCGGUGCCGAGAUGCUCUCCAAGGGCCUGGUGACGGGCGCUGAGAAGCUGAGCCAGUACAUGGCCACGGGCACGCAGCAGCUGCAGAGCGGCAUAGCGCCGGCGACCGGCCCCGUGCGCGUCGACCCUCGGGUGCAGACGGGCGCCAAGACCGCCAAACAGGUCUCCGUCGGCGUGCUCAAAGGCAGCGAAUUCGUCGUGAGUCAGGUGGGGCGCGGCACCAUGGCGUUGGCCUCCUACAUCGCACCGUACAUGAAGCGCACCGGUGCCAGGCUGCUGACCGCCACCCGCGCCGCCGACGAGACGACGGCCAACAGCAAGAUGGACGACGUGCUGGAAGUGGCGUCCGGGGCGGUGCGCGGCUUCGGCUUGGUGUACCGGGGUCUGGAGCAGGCCGCCACGCAGCUGGCCAACAGCCUGGCCGACAACACGGUGCAGCUGGUGGAGCACCGGUACGGCGCCGAGGCUGGGCUCGUCACGCACCACAGCCUGCACGCCGCCGGCAACCUGGCUAUGACCGGGCACAACGUGCAGUCGCUGGGCGCCAAGGGCAUCGCCAAACGCGUGGCCAAGGACACCGGCAAACACCUCAUCCACGAGCACGAGCAGAAGCGCCAGGGCGCCGACGCCGCGGGAGAGGUGCCGCCGCCGGCCGCUCAGCCGGGCCGGCCGGCGAAGAAGAUCUGAAGCUGGCGGCCUGGCCUCGACUGACGCCGCCACCGGCCUCUGUGUUGCUAGCGCACCUCCAGGUAUGCAUGAGAGGCGUUUAUACGAAAAGGCUGGGUGUGCCAGAUGCGGUCCUCCGCUGCGGGUGCGUGUGUCAAAUGCGGGCUUUUUGACACUGGCUGUUUAUGAGUUCCUUGAUCUGGAGUCGCGCGUAUACCAGCAAUAGCGACCGAACCGUCUGCCUUUUUGAGAGCGAACGGUUCCCUGAAUAGUGGCUAAGACAGAUGUUUUUUUAUACUGUUGUGCCAGAUUUCUGUUGGCUCGUGGCGUGGUCCGUGCAGAAAUGGCUUUCGUUUUGUCUACUUAACCAAAUAUGGCAUUGGUCCAGAAGCAGAGAUGCUGGGCAUUAGAGCCCAGGUAGCCAAGCAUAUUACUAGCGACAGCUGUGCCUUCGCUGACUAGGGUGCCUACCACGAGAAGGCGCCAGCGGCAGUGGCUGAUAUCUUAUAGGGGCAGCCAGGCAGGACGCGUCGUAGUUUGGCACGCGGCUGCUGCAGCUGGCUCCUCCGCUUGCGUUGGUGUCUGUCCAGCACUGGACUGCAAUCCGGCUGUGUGGAGACUUAAAUAUCGAGGAGCGUUGCUUAGCUUGUGAGGCGCGCUGUUGAGGUGGGACUAUAGUAGACUGUCGUUUGCUCGUCCUUCGUCGGCUCGCUCGUGAUCUGGCAUGAUCGGAGGCUGUAGGUGCGACUGACCUGCUUGUUGCUGUUUAGAGCGGUCCGGCCAUAGUCCGACGCGACCUGAAUAAAACGUGUAGCUUUUG